GUGGAUCCAUCGAAUGGGAAGCCGCAAAAACAAGGAAUGGAUUGUCCCAGAAGUCGAGUUGCUGCUGGUGCACAGUCCGAAAAAGAAAGAGGAUGUGUAUCAGCUGUUGGCAUCGGAGAGUUCUGGUGGCGCCUUGGGGCGCUGGAUGCAGCGGCCAGCAGAAGCCACAUGUGUACUGAAUGGCUUGGCCAAACUGAGGUGUGCCGAGCUUGCCCUUCAAGUCUUGAAUGUCAUGCAGCUUGCCAGUGUGGAAGCCAACGUUUUCCAUUAUUCAACAGCUGCAUCUGCGUGCGAAAAGUCUGGACAGUGGACUCGGGUCCUGCAACUUCUUGCAGAGAUGCCAUCCGCAACCAUCCAGCCAAAUGUAUACACGUUUGGCUCCGCGAUCAGCUGCUGCGAAAAGGCUUGUCGCUGGCAGGAGGCUAUGGCACUGCUGUGCGCUGCAGCUCCAGAGGUCAAUGCAUUCGCGUUCAGUGGUGCCAUCAGUGCAUGCAAAAAAGGAAGCCAAUGGCACAGAGCCCUUGGCCUUUUGGAGGUGAUGGAAGCUUUGAAGGUGGAGGCGGAUGUCAUUUGCAUCAGCGGUGCCAUCAGCUCAUGCGAGAAAUGUGCCCAAUGGCAAUCAGCUCUCUACCUGCUGCAGUCAAUGGAGGAGGCAUCAAUGAAGCCUAAUCUGGUGGCGCAAAAUGCAGCUCUGAGUGCUUGUGAGAAAGCCAAACGAUGGCAGAAUGCUUUAGCUUUGCUGGAGCAGCUACCAAAAAAACGCUUGACGGCCGAUGAUGUUAGCUACAAUGCUACUAUCAGCGCAUGUGCGAAUUCUAGUCAUUGGCAGCUCGCUUUGGGACUGCUGCAAGAGAUGGAGAAAAGGAUUACCCCAGAUGCAGUGAGCUACAGUGGUGUCAUUUUGGCGUGCGAGAGAGGGAGCCGGUGGCACCUUGCUUUCCAACUCUGUGAUCGCAUGGCUCUGAUGCGUGUCCCCAUGGAUGUGAUCAGCUGCAGCAGCUUGAUGAGUGCGUGCGAACAAGGUGGCGAAUGGCGCUCAACAUUAGCAUUGCUCAGGAAGAUGCCCAGCAUCACCCUCACACCGAACCAUGUUACCUUCAGCAGUGCAAUCAGUGCCUGUGACACAGGACGUCGGUGGCAGACUGCCUUGGGCCUUUUCUACAUGAUGCCCGAGAAGCAGCCAGAUCAAUUUUGCUGCAAUGCAGCGAUUUUAGCUUCUGAAAAGGCCGGUCAAUGGGGAGAAGCAAUGCAAAUAUUUCACUCGAUGUCCUCCCGUAUAGUCGAGCCAGAUUUCAUCAGUUGCGCCGCAGCAAUGCUGGCAGCUGACAAUGGCUGCAAAUGGGCAGAUUUUGCAGCAUAUUGCAAUACAGAGUCCUUCCUGCUUGUGAACUUCUUCCGCUCUGGAUGCUGAUGAGCCACCAGAGCUUGCAAUCGUCAAUGGCAAUGUUCCACUGGAUUUGGCUUCAAACAGCUUUUGUUGGAGUCAAAAGUGGUGAAUCAUGGUGAGUCUGUAUGCAUUGUAUAUGCAUUGUAAUUGUAUAUGUCUAAAAUCGUUUUUUGUACAGUGGGGGCUGCCGGGGAAUGUCUCAUGAGCGACGGAGUCCGAUGUCAUGAAAAUGUGCUCCCUGUGGGAGCAGGACCUUUGCAUAACUGCUUUCUCGAAGGUACGUCGUGUGCUGAUUCGAUGCAAAGAUUGGAACAAACCAGAAAGCAUAUGAAAGCAUACGUUUCGUACUUUUCACCCAAGACAGUCGAACCUGAGACCCGAAAGCCAACUUGGACUUAGUAUCUAUUUUACUUUAUUUUUUGAAUAUAUAAUGAUAAUAAUAAUAACAUAUAUAUAUAUACAUGCCGUUAUUGACAUUGAGGUGCAGGCACACGUGUUGCAUGUCGUGCAGACUGAGACGGUGAAGCUCGACGAAGAAGUCUCAAGUCUGAAACUCCGGAUCCGAUUGAAGCAGAAUCGCCCGAGAAUGUAAUAAAA